CGGUUGUGACUUUCUUCUCCCUCCGUCUAAUUUCUCUUCCCACGCACUUCCCUUCUCUGUCGCUGAUCGCCGGCGGCGGCGGCCGGCCGGCGAGAAGGCCCCGUAGGCACGGUGGGGACGGCCUCCUCCCCUUUCCCGAUCCAAGCCCUAGCCUCCUCUCUUCCUCGCGUGCACGCCCCGCGAGCAGCAGGUUUGUCUGGGUUGGCUUCUGAAGUUGAUUAGGUGCCAUGGGUUCCAAGGAUUCAGAAGUCGCAACUACUUUGGAAGAUGAGAACAAAGAAGAAGAAGAAGAGGAUGAUUGGGAGGCAAUUGCAGAUCGGGGUGAACAUGAUGAGACACUCGAGCUAGCGCGUUCUCUUGAGCAGCAGGCUAAGGUUUCUCCUUGUAGUUCUUCUGAGAAAAUUAGCACACCAUCUUCAGGGCCCAAGAGGAGGGGAAGGGGUUCGUUUCUUUAUGACAAGAGUGUUCUAUACAGCGAUCAGUGUGAUUUGGAAAAUGAUUUGGAUGAAGAGGAGUCUAAUGAUCAGAGUGGAUCAAAGGGCUGCGUGGAUGAGCAGAAGCACAGGACUAGUGCAGCUGCAAAACAAUAUGGGACAAGGCAUGUCCUUGUUCUUUAUGACUUCCCGCCUAGCACACUUGCAGCAGAUUUGGAAAAGAUUUUCGAGAAGUUUGGGGACCAUGGAGUUGCCAUUCGCUGGGUUAACGACACUGUUGCACUUGCAGUUUUUCGGACUCCAUCAGAUGCUAAUGAGGCACAGGCUUGCAUACCUCCAAGAUAUAAAGUGCGGGUACUAAAGGAUGAUGAUGAUCUCUUGACAAAAAAUGAUGGCAUAGACCUUGAACCGCCAACUCCAAGGCCGAAGACGUCUGCAAGAACAGCACAAAGGUUAAUUGCUCAUGGAAUGGGGCUAAGGCAGUUUACAGACUUCGGGUCAGACGAGCUGAAGAAACAAGAGGAGGCGAGGAAGAGCCGAAUCGCUGCUCGACAGGCUAUGCGUGAUGACGCAUGGGGUUCAGAUUGAACCAUCAUCUGUGUGGUCUCUGGGUGCUUAGAUCGUUUCUCUGUACUUUGGUUAAUCUGUGUGGUUUCUUCUCGACAGAGAGGACCACGUUGCCCAAGCAAAUAUCAAGCACGGCGGCUUAUGACUUUCCUGUAAGUGAAUACUGAUGCGAUGAUUCCUGAAUUCUGUCGGUUUUUGGUACA